AUGGCAUCCAACGAAUUCGACCGCAAAGCCGCGGAGGCAGACAAUGGCGGCAAUGGUGGCCCCCACUUCCAUCAGCCCAACGGCGCAAGCGGGACUGACCUCUCGCGCCAGAUCUCAGUCACAUUGACGCCUGAGCAGUUUGAGUCCAUCUACCUCCAGCCAAGCCAGAAGAGCAGGCAACAAGGACAGCUGAUCAAGGCUCUGGGUAACCCGACGUGCUUGGGUGUCAUGUGCUUCAUUUUCAAUCUGCUCCCCACAAGCUGCAUCCUCAUGGGAUUCCGGGGAUUGAGUGCUAGCGCGCAACUUCCCCUUGUAGGCGUGUACUAUUUUGUCGGCGGCCUGGGUAUGACCACAGCUGGCGUUUUGGAGUUCAUCAUCGGCAAUACCUUCCCCUUCGUCGUCUUCUUCACCUUCGGCAUCUUCUGGCUCUCGCUUGGCGCUCUCGUCGACCCUGUUCAUGCUGUGCAAAUGACGCUGGCCACCGAAGGGACCGACUACUACGGCGGGCCAGCCUUCUACUUCCUCACCUGGGCCAUCUUUGUCUUCAUGCUGACCAUCGCAAGCCUGAGGACGAACGCCGUCCUCGUCUGGAUCCUCUUCUUCGUCGCCAUGACCUUCGUCCUCCUCGCGGCCGCCUACUUCCGCUUGGCCGAGGCCCAGAUGGCGGCCGGAUCUAAUCUCCUCAUCGGCGCCGGAGCUAUGGGCUUCUCAGCCUGUAUGGGCGGUCUCUACCUCGAGAUGUCACUCCUGCUGGCCAGCACUGAGUUCCCCUUCGGACUUCCCGUCGGUGACCUCAGUGGCUUCCUCCGCGGGAACAAGGCCUGA